AUGCCAAUAGGAGGAGCUAUAACAGUUUUUCGUAUACACCCGCACCGUUUUGUUCUUGGCAAUUGUAGACAUAUUGCCGAGCAGCAACUUCCAAUGAAAGCACAAUAUGGAGAUGAGAUUUCUACAUAUUUUGAUAAGUGGUACCGAGCUAGCACUAUUCACAAUUGUGAGGAACGUUGGAAGAUUAUGAAGGAGAAAUUUAAUAUAGAUGAGAGUGUAGAUAGUUGGUUGACGAGGAUGUACAGAUUGCGUGCACACUGGGUAGAUGCAUAUUUGAAAGAUAUAUUUUGGGCAGGAAUGACAACUAGUCAGAGGAGUGAAAGUAUCAAUGCAUUUUUUGAUGGUUAUGUAAAUACAAAGACUAGGCUUGUGGACUUUGUAUGCCAAUAUGACAAAGCCUUAGCAAAUCGCCGUGCAUCUGAAUCUCGAGAAGACUUUAUGACAUUGAAUAUUGUGCCUGCAAUGUUGCUUCGACAUCCAAUUGAAGUGCAAGUUAGCAAGUUAUAUACUAGGGGGAUCUUCAAAAUGUUCCAAGAUGAGCUUACUAAUGGGUUAUCACUUUUUCAUGAAGAAAUGCUAAAGGAGGAGACAAAAAUAAUUUAUCUAGUUGGUGAUUUUUCUGAAGAAAGAGAGAAAUGGGAAGAAGUUACAUAUGACAAAUCUAGAGAGCUUAAGUUCAAAUGCUCUUGUGCACUUUUUGAAACCGAUGGGAUCCUUUGUAGGCAUAUAUUGCAUAUCAUAUGGCUUCUUCAGUUGACAGCUAUUCCUGAUAAUUAUAUAUUGCAAAGGUGGAAAAUUGAUGCAAGGCACAAAAACAUUAGAUUUUUUUAA